AUGCCACACACAUCCCGCAAAAAGCGCACCACUGCCACAACCCAAAAGCGCCUCCAAGUCACCGACGACGACAGCUGGACACACGUCACCUCCAGCACCAAUGUCCGGCGUGUGCUACGCGGUACCCGCGCAAAGCCUAGCGAGCAAGACUCCCAAUUAAAUUCUCCGGUGCAAGCGCAAGACCAGAAUCAAGAGCAAGACCUCUCCAAAGCUAAUCCGGGUGAUGUCGAGCCUGUCCUCGGCCCAGCAGAGGCGCCGGGGCGAUUAACCCUGGAGGAGCUGCAGGCACAGUACCGCGGGUAUCGCGAGAGAUGGGUGAGCUCGGAGACGUGGAAGCGGUUGGAGGGGCAGCUUGGAGCGCGAAUUACGGAGCGCGCGAGUAUGACUGCUGCCGAAGCUGAAGAUGGAACUGGAACUGCGCAGAAUACAGGACCCGUGGACGCCAUUGUCUGCGUUGGACUUGGUAGUCCGAGCGGAUUCCUGCGUGGAGGAUGGGUCGAUCGACGGAGCGUAUCGAUGUAUCAACUGGCGGCGUUGGAAACUAUUGCGCAGCGGGUCUCUCGUUCGUUGCACCACUCCCUUUACACCCUCUCCAUCCCCUGUCAUAGCCAAGCUAAACUAAUCUUCUACGCAGUCUGCACCCCCUCAACCCCAAUCCAAAUCUACGCACAAGACCCCGUCUUCAACGCCCUCGACAAAUCCCUCCUCUCAUCCCUGCACAUAGACGUAAUCACCCACCCAACCGCCUUCACCCUCAUCACCCCGCGAACCCUCCUCUUCUGCCCCGGCGCCGAGCGCAAACACCUCGAGCAAUUGCUCCCGUCGAACCCGUGCAUGGUAUUCGGCGGGCCGUUGGAGGAUACGGAGUCGGAUGUUAUUCAAGGGUUUGCGGGGAGGGUUGGGUCGGUAGUGUUGGUGCCGUUUGAGGUUUGUGAGUAUGCGUUUUGGAAGACGAGGCUUUAUUUUAGAGAUGAGUCUAAGGGGGAAGAGGUGAGGGAUGGGAGGGUGGAGGUGGUUUGA